AUGGCAGUAAAAUUAAAACCAGUACUGUCUAUCCCCCUCCUCGUUCUCUUCCUCCUCCAUUGCACCUUUUUAUCCGACGCCACAAACCCCGACGCACUUCCUCUUCUCCUCUUCAAGUCCACCGUCGACCCCUCCAACACCAUUCUCACCACCUGGAACGCCACCUCCGACCCUUGCAACUCCGCCUGGUUCGGUGUCUCCUGUCUACACAACCGUGUGUCCCGUCUUGUCCUCGAAAAUCUCAGCCUCCGAGGUCCACUUCCACUACCCAUUACGUUUUUAACCAACCUCCGCGUUAUCAGCUUGAAGAAAAACAGUUUUUUGGGACCCAUUCCUGACCUCUCUAAUCUUACAAGUCUUAAAUUUCUCUACGUUUCUCAUAACAAGUUUUCUGGGGACUUUCCGGUUUCAGUGGCUUCACUUCGUAAACUGUACCGAUUAGAUCUUUCUUACAACAAUCUGUCGGGAAAUAUUCCUGUGAGUUUGAAUCACUUGACCCACUUGCUCACUCUGAGGCUGGAGGAAAACGGGUUAACGGGUCCUAUUGUGGGUUUGGGCUUGCCAAAUUUACAGGAUUUCAAUGUUUCUGGAAAUGGGUUAACCGGUGAAAUACCCGGUUCACUCUCGGGAUUUCCUAUAUCGGCGUUUUGGAAUAAUUCGUUUCUUUGCGGAGCUCCAAUGGAGAAAUGUAAGAAGACUUCCAACGCCCCGCUUAGCCGGAAUACUACUGUUCCUCCAUCGCCGAUCGCAAUGCCCUUGGAAACUAAGCCGCCAGCCAAAUCAGAAAACAGUAAGCGUAAUAAAACCAGCUGGCUCGCUAUAACCACCAUUAUUCUCGGCGAUGUUUUGGCACUCGGCAUAGUGUCUCUGAUCCUUUAUUGUUACUUCUGUCGGAAUUAUUCCAAGAGAAUGUCUGAAAAAACUGAUUCCCACGUCGAGAAACUCAUAUAUUCAUCCAAUCCGUACCCGAGCAGGAGCUCAUCCGGGCGGGGUUUUGAACGGGGUAAAAUGGUGUUUUUCGACGGGGAGAGGAGGUUCGAGCUUGAGGAUUUGCUCAGGGCCUCGGCAGAGAUGUUGGGGAAAGGUGGAUUUGGGACAGCUUACAAGGCAGUGAUGGAUGAUGGGAAUGUGGUGGCUGUGAAAAGAUUGAAGGAUUUGAAUAUGAAUGGCAGGAAAGAAUUUGAGCAGCAAAUGGAAGUUUUGGGGAGGCUAAGGCAUCCAAAUAUAGUAAGCUUGAAGGCUUAUUGUUUUGCAAAGGAUGAGAAAUUGUUAGUCCAUGAAUACAUGCCAAAUGGGAACUUGUUUUGGCUUCUUCACGGUAAUAGAGGACCAGGAAGAACUCCAUUAGAUUGGACCACUAGGUUAAGAAUUGCAGGUGGAGCAGCUCGAGGAUUAGACUUCAUUCACAACUCGAACAAGUCGUCUCCUGGACUUGUGCAUGGUAACAUCAAAUCGACAAACAUCCUCAUCGACAAGGCUGGGAAUGCGAGAGUAUCUGAUUAUGGCCUCUCAGUUUUCAUGUCACCUUCCUCGGUGCCAAAAUCGAACGGUUACCGUGCCCCUGAAACAGUAAUAGAUGGUAGAAAACUAACCCGAAGAUCAGACAUCUACUCGUUUGGGGUUCUAUUGCUUGAGUUGCUGACAGGAAAAUGCCCUUCGGUUGUGGACAAUGGGGUACCUGGCUCAGGGAGCAAUGGCGUUCUCGACUUGCCUAAGUGGGUGCAGUCUGUGGUGAGAGAGGAGUGGACAGCCGAGGUGUUCGAUUUGGAACUCAUGAGGUACAAGGAUAUCGAGGAAGAAAUGGUGGGGUUGUUGCAGAUAGCGAUGGCUUGUACUCAGACUUCACCGGACCAUAGGCCAAAGAUGAACUAUAUAGUGAAAAUGAUAGAUGAGCUACGAGGGACGGAGACUCUGAACUCCAUUUCCGACUCUCCUGUAUGUGAAGACAAAAGCCGAGCAAGUGUGUGA